AUGAUAUUUGAACGUUCACGCCAAAUUGACUAUGGCUCUCCAUACUUUCUCUACAUAAAUUUUGUGAAAGGCCUCCUCGUACUCCUGCUCCCCAUUCUUCGAAACCUCUCUCUCUUCCCUCUCUCUUUCUCCUCUCGCCCUCUCCUCUGCCACCGUCUUCAGGAGCACCGUCACUGCCACACCACCAAAUCGUUGUCGCGUCGCUACUGCCUUCCUCACUGUCGUGUACGUUGUUGUCUCCCAGAGGUUACGUUCUCUCACUGCCACAGGCCCCUGUUCUCUAUGAUCGCCAUACUCCUCGUCCGCCGAGUCUCCUCGGUGUCACCUCCAGCUAGUGCGCCACCUUCAGGCUUCAGCUAUCAGUACCAUCAAGAACUAGUACCCAAAACAACAUACCAUGAAGGGUUUUCUACUCGAGAUGAGGUUGCAGCCAUAGCCUUCGGAUUGUGGAAAGAAAGUGGUGGUGGUAAAUCACGAUUCUGAGUUAGGCGGGCAAAGAUUAUUGUCAAGGAUAUUGAAAUGAUUGAUCAAAUCGAAAAUAGCAACUGGAAGCAACAUGGCCAAAUUUGGCACAAAUGCUAUUCCAAUUGCCACGUCAUCCUCUUUAAUUUCUACCUCCACGCCUAUUCUUCUAGCAUUUCCUCUUCCAUAAUAAGCAGCAUUGUUGCCUCGACCAUAGUUCAUAAAUGGUGAGGGAUCAAAGGUGCGAGAAUCAAGAACUGAAGUUUGUGAGAAAUGAACUUGGACCAUUGAUGAGUCUGGCUUUUUAAAACGUACAAUGAUAUUCUGGGGCCAUUUAAACAGCUUCUAUGUCUGGAAUUAUGUAUUGAGGCUCUUUAGUUGUAAAAUAUGUGAUGAAUGAUUGAUAUUCUUCAUUCAAACUAUCAAGAAUGACAUUUGUAUACUAUACUCUGUAUAUGUUAGAGGAGCUCUUAUUGCUGCCAAUGAAUCCACCAGUUUCUUGAUCUUUAAGUGAUAAUCUGACGUAGAUCCGUCUUUCUUGGCACGUUUUAACUGGAGUUAUAAUUGUCUGACUCAUGCUUUUGUUUGAGAGCCAAAGUAUGUGUGAAUUCAAAACCAAAUUUGAUAUGCAAAGUGGCAGCCUAUAACUUUGCACUUGGAGGCCACAUUCAUGGAAGUAAACAACCAAGAUGUGACAUUGCAUUCAUUUAUGCAUCACUACUUGUAGAGUUUUAAUCCUGCUUCA